ACCAGCUGGGGGGAGGGAGGGGCUGGGACUUUCCCCAAGGACGCCGGGAGGGUGGAAUGGGGAAAAGGCGCGCUCCCCACGUCCACCCUCCCUUCAUCCAGCCCCUCCCCCGCCCGUGCCGGGAACCAAGGUGGUCAAAGUCUGCCCUGAGGUUAAAACAAAAUUGAUCAUUUCGCGGUCAGCGGCAGCAGUGGGGUUCGCAGAAGGAUUGGCAGCCGGCGGCUGGCGGGAGCCAGGGGGACGCCUGGACGGCUGGAGGGAGGCCAGACUGCGCCCCCUCCCUUCUGAGGGGUGAGGGCCGGCCUGGGCUCAGGCUGCCUGCCAGAGCUGAUAAGGGGCCCUCUGGCGCUCCCACAAACGGUUCAUCCCUGGGGGGGCUUGCAGGGUGAGAAGGGCCCAGCAUGGAGCGGCUGCGGGGAGUGCUGCAGAGCGCGCAACGCUGGCCCCCAGGACCCUCUCAGACCAUCUACAGACGCGUGGAGGGUCCUCAUCUGGGGCCCCUGGAGGCGGAGGAAGAGGAGGAAGUGGCCGAGCUGCCCGCCCUGUCCUGCCCCAUGGAACUCAAAGGCCCUGAGGCCUUGGGCUCCGGUCUGGGGAGGUCAGCUCCCAUCCCCUGGGCCACCGCGGGGCGCAGGUCGGCGCCCUACGUGGUCCUGACCUCGCUGCUGAUCUUCACGGGGGCCUUCCUCCUGGGCUACGUGGCCUUCCGAGGGUCCUGCCAGGCGUGCGGGGACUCCGUGGUGGUGGUCAGCGAGGACGCUGAGCUGGGCCUCGACUCGCGCCAGGGCGCGCUCUACUGGAGCGAUCUCCAGGCCAUGUUUCUUCGGUUCCUCGGGGAGGCGCGCCUGGAGGACACCAUCAGGCUGACCAGCCUCCGGGAGCGCGUGGCCGGCUCGGCCAGGAUGGCCACCCUGGUCCAAGACAUCCUCAGCACGCUCUCGCGCCAGAAGCUGGACCACGUGUGGACCGACACGCACUACGUGGGCCUUCAGUUUCCGGACCCGGCCCACCCCAACACCCUGCACUGGGCGGACGCGGCGGGGAGCGCGCAGGAGCAGCUGCCGCUGGAGGACCCGGAGGUCUACUGUCCCUACAGCGCCACGGGCAGCGCCACGGGCAGGCUGCUGUACGCCCACUACGGGCGGCCCGAGGACUUGCAGGGCCUGAAGAGCAAGGGCGUGGAGCCGGCCGGCAGCCUCCUGCUAGUGAGAGUUGGGGAGACCAGCUUCGCCCAGAAGGUAGCCGUUGCGCAGGACUUCGGGGCCCGAGGAGUGCUGAUCUACCCUGACCCAGCAGACUUCUCCCAGGACCCUCACAAGCCAGGCCUGUCCAGCCACCAGGCUGUGUACGGACACACCCAGUUUCCUCCAGUAGAAUCGUCAGGCCUUCCCAGCAUCCCCGCCCAGCCCAUCAGCGCGGACAUCGCUGGCCGCUUGCUCCGGAAGCUCGAGGGCCCCGAGGCUCCCCGGGAAUGGCAAGGCCGCCUCUCGGGCUCUCCUUACCGGCUGGGCCCCGGGCCAGCGCUGCGCCUCGUGGUCAGCAACCGCAGGGCGUCCACGCCCAUCAGCAACAUCUUCGCCUGCAUUGAGGGCUUCGAGGAGCCAGAUCACUAUGUUGUCAUCGGCGCGCAGCGGGACGCGUGGGGCCCGGGAGCCGCCAAGUCCGCCGUGGGCACGGCGAUCCUGCUGGAGCUGGUCCAGGCCUUUUCCUCCAUGGUCAGCAACGGGUUCAGGCCUCGAAGGAGCCUUUUGUUCGUCAGCUGGGACGGAGGUGACUUUGGCAGCGUGGGCUCCAUGGAGUGGCUGGAGGGCUACCUCAGCGUGCUGCACCUCAAAGCCGUAGUGUACGUGAGCCUGGACCACUCCGUGCUGGGAGAUGGCAAAUUCCAGGCCAAGACCAGCCCCCUGCUCAUCAGCCUCAUCGAGAAUAUCCUGAAGCAGGUGGACUCCCCUAACCACAGCGGGCAGACGCUCUACGAGCAGGUGAUGUUCACCAAUGCCAGCUGGGACGCGGAGGUGAUUCGAACCCUGCCCAUGGACAGCAGUGCCUACUCCUUCACGGCCUUCGCGGGGGUCCCGGCGGUGGAGUUCUCCUUCACGGAGGAGGACCGGGCCUACCCGUUCCUGAACACCAAGGAGGACACGUACGACAACCUGCGCCGGCUGCUGCGCGGGCGCCUGCCGGCCCUGGCCCAGGCGGUGGCCCAGCUCGCGGGCCUGCUGCUCAUGCGCCUGAGCCACGACCACCUGCUGCCGCUCGACUUCGGCCGCUACGGGGACGUGGUCCUCGGGCACCUCGGCCACCUCAACGAGUUCUCGGGGGCCCUCAAGGCCCGCGGGCUGACCCUGCAGUGGGUGUACUCGGCGCGGGGGGACUACAUCCGCGCGGCGGAGAAGCUGCGGAAGGAGAUCUACAGCUCGGAGCAGAGCGACGAGCGCCUCAUGCGCAUGUACAACGUGCGCAUCAUGAGGGUGGAGUUCUACUUCCUGUCCCAGUACGUGUCGCCGGCCGACUCCCCGUUCCGCCACAUCUUCCUGGGCCAGGGGGACCACACCCUGGGGGCCCUGCUGGACCACCUGCGGAUGCUGCGCGCCGACGGCCCCGACGGCCCCGGGCCGGCCGCGGGCUUCCACGAGGGCCGCUUCCGGCGCCAGCUGGCGCUGCUCACGUGGACGCUGCAGGGGGCGGCCAACGCGCUCAGCGGCGACGUCUGGAACAUCGACAACAACUUCUGAGGCGGGCGACGUGGGUCCCCCGAGCGCACGGCCUCCCUCCCACCCCAGCGCCCGCGGUCCCCGGAGCGCACGGCCCUCCCCCACCCCAGCGCCCGCGGUCCCCGGAGCGCACGGCCCUCCCCCACCCCAGCGCCCGCGGUCCCCGGCCUCGCCGUGGCAGCGCUGCGGGCCAGGGUCCUCGUCCACGCCCCAGGCCUGCAGGGCGGGCGAACCGUGCUGUCGCCCUGGGCCGUCGCUCACGCAGAAAGCCGCUCUCUCGCUGCCCCCCCGCCCUCUCCUUCGGGAGCGGAGUUCCCGGAUCCAGGACGACCUCGGCGCUGGGACCCGGCCAGCUCUCCUGUGGAUGAGAUGAACAGGGUCAUUAUCUGUUACGAACAGGUGGCCUGGGCUGGGAGGCCCGAGGGGAUGAGAUGUCAAUAAACCAACUGUAACCGUCGUGUGUAA